GUAAGAUUGCAAAACAACUUUCCAAGUCCAAAGUGUGAAGUGAAGUUAUCAAGGCAUGAAGAAGAAGGAGGUCUGAAAGUGGGGGAUCUGCGGCUAUGACAGCACUGUCCAACUCCAACGAUACGGCCAUAACCUUGGAAGAAUGGAAUGGCUCUUCCACCUUCAAGCUCUCUAAGACUUUCACCAUCCAAGCUUCCUCUUCCUCUGUCUCCUUUAAAAGAUCCGGUGCCCGUUUCACCCAUCUUUGGAGACGAUUAUUGCAGGCAUUAGUUCCUGAGGCAGGCCUUUUCUAUUCCUAAUAUCUCAAUAAAAUAAAAUAAAAUAAAAUAAAAAAAGCGGAAACCUGAAAUUUUGUAAUUAAUUGUUUGUUCUUCAUGGCAUACGGGGUUUUCCUAGCAGUGUGACUGCAAAUUAUGUUCCCUUUCAAAUAUGGGAUACAUUGCAGGGUCUUUCAACUUAUACAAGGACCAUGCUGUCUACCCAGGCUCUCCUUAGUGCUAUUGGGGUUGGCGAGAAAUCAGCUACUGUGAUUGGUGCCACUUUUCAGUGGUUUUUGAGGGAUAUAACCGGCAUGCUUGGAGGUAUCUUAUUCACAUUCUACCAGGGAUCAAAUCUUGAUAAUAAUGCCAAAAUGUGGCGUUUGGUUGCAGAUCUUAUGAACGGUCUUGGAAUGCUAAUGGACCUUAUUUCGCCACUGUUUCUGUCAGCUUUUGUGAUUAUUGUUUGCCUAGGAAGCAUAUCAAGAUCAUUCACUGGUGUUGCAAGUGGAGCCACUAGAGCCGCUUUGACUCAGCAUUUUGCUCUUCAGGAUAAUGUCGGAGAUAUAUCUGCUAAGGAAGGGAGUCAAGAAACAGUGGCCACAAUGAUUGGCAUGGCAUUGGGCAUGCUUGUUGCUCGCAUCACCAUAGGACACCCACUAGCCAUUUGGGUUUGUUUUUUGUCCCUAACCCUGUUCCAUAUGUGUGCUAACUACAAAGCUGUGCGGUGCCUAGCGUUGACCUCAUUAAAUCCUGAAAGAACCACUAUUCAUUUGCAGCAUUUCAUGAAGACAGGCCAAGUUCUGUCACCUGAACAAGUCUCUGCAAAGGAACAUGUUUUACCUCUUAAGCUCACUGUAUGGAGCUCAAAGAAUGCUGAUUUGCUGUAUACAAAAGUACAUUUAGGUACAAGGGUUUCAUCAUUAGAUAACAUGGAAAUUAAGGAGCAUUUGCUUUCUGCAGCAUCUUACUAUGCAAAAGCCAAGUACUUACUAGUUGAAAGGAACGGAACUGUUAAUGUUAUUGUGCAUAAAGAUUCAAAUGCUGCUGACGUUCUGAAAUCAUUUGUUCAUGCUCUCAUUCUUGCAAUGAAUGUCUCUGAGAGCAAAUCUUUGCAUUCAGACAGCCAAAUGUGGAUCGAUAAGACGUGUUUAUUCACAAGCUCAAGUCAUUAGGCUGGAAAACAGAACGGCUUCUAUCACCUAUAAUAUGGAGGGCAAACUGGAUCUAUAAAGCAUCUGAAAAGAAAGCCGAUUAGGUUUCAGUACAUGAAUAUUGUUCUAGAGAAGGCGACUAGCAGCACCUUCGAAAUGGAGAGUUGCUUGAAGUGGAGUUGAAUUAUGGUUGACAACGUUAGCAUGAUCUUUUAUAAGUUAUUUAUGAUUUCGCUGUGAUGCUAUGAAGAUAAAGAAAGCUUGACUAGUUGGUUGCAUUGCACUUCCACCCAACCUAAUGAUCUGUGUAUUCAUUUUGGCUCCGAGCUAAUACACUCUUCCAUCA